AAGAUCGUCGACGUAUGUAGGACACAUGUAUUUUCGGUAAUGAAACCACCUUCGGUACCAUUUUGCUUAAGGCCGAUGCUUGCAAACUACGAUCUUUCCUUAAUUAAUCCGGUAACGGCGUGACUUUCACUCACGCUAUCCCCCUAUUGCACUAGAUGGAUUUAAAGCGAUUGCCUGAGUAACAAAAGCCGACAGUAGGUUGCGCAAGUCUCAAAUUUUCUGAACAAAAAUAAGAUGCACACGCACGAAAGGGUCCUGACGCGGCCGUCAGUACACAAGAGUCUUCGAAAAUGCACUGUUGGUUUUUUACGUCUCAAGUUUUCAAGAGUUUGCCAGGUAAAGCCUUAGUUGGCAAUUCACGCAACUUCCACUGUAUUAAACCUUUGUUACAGUCUACCAGACAUCGCCCAUUGGUGGAAACAAUAACAACACUCAGGCAAAAUUUGAUAAAAAGUUUGGGACGAGAUAGUGUUUCCGAUACAGAAGCGAUACGCAAACAGCACAGUCGAGACGAAGGUGUUGAAAGGCACAACCAUCUUGCUGAUUUGGUUGUUUGGCCUAAAAGUACAGAAGAAUGCUCAAUUAUUGCCUCCCUCUGCUCUGAAAAAAAAGUUCCAAUGAUCCCUUUUGGCACGGGAACUGGCCUGGAAUCGGGUGUCUGUGCCGCUUAUGGAGGUGUAAGCGUCGACAUGAGUAAAAUGGAUCAGAUUGUUAAUUUUAAUCCAGAAGAUUUCGAUGUAACUGUUCAACCUGGAGUUACAAGGAAAGGACUAAAUCAUUUCCUUAAAGACCAUGGACUUUGGUUCCCUGUUGAUCCUGGCGCUGAUGCAUCGUUGUGCGGCAUGACUGCUACAAGUGCAUCAGGCACCAACGCUGUCCGUUACGGCACUAUGCGGGAAAAUGUACUAAAUGUUGAGGUUGUUUUAGCCGAUGGUCGUGUCCUUCAUACCGCAGGAGAGAAUCGCCGAUCUAAAAAAUCCUCUGCCGGACUCAAUUUGACGAACUUGUUUGUUGGAUCAGAAGGUAGCCUUGGAUUUAUUACAAAAGCCACCCUGAAGAUUUAUGGCAUACCAGAAAUGAUGCUUUCAGCCGUAUGUGCAUUUACCACUAUUAAGGCUGCCGUGGAUACCUGUGUCCAAAUAUUGCAAUCCAAUAUUCCUAUUGCACGCAUAGAACUUAUGGAUGAUGUGGCGAUGGACAUGUGCAAUAACCAUAACAAGUUGGACUAUAAAGUGGCACCGACCCUAUUUCUGGAAUUUCAUGGUUCAGAAGACUCUGUCAAAUCUCAAGCAAAAUUUGCGGGUGAAAUUGCUGAUUAUAAUGGAGGUUCAGAGUUUCGCUGGGCAUAUGAAUCCGAGGAGCGUAAUCGGCUCUGGAAAGCUCGGCACGAUAUCUAUUGGACAACUCUUCAGUCCAAUCCCGGGUGUCGUGCCAUUAUUACAGAUGUUUGCGUGCCCAUUACUCGAUUACCAGACCUCAUCACACAGACGAAAGCUGACAUUCAGGAAUCGGGAAUCAUUGGGCCAUGUCUUGGACAUGUUGGGGAUGGCAACUUCCAUACUUUCCUGGUUUUUAAUCCAAACAAACCAGAGGAAUUUAAAAAGGCUGAGACGCUAGCUGCGCGUAUGACAAAGAGAGCCUUAGACUUGAAUGGCACAUGCACUGGAGAACACGGAAUUGGAAUUGGAAAAAUGAACUACCUAGAAAAGGAAAUGGGGCCGGUAGGAAUAGAAAUGAUGAAAUCAAUUAAAAAGACUCUUGAUCCGCAUUGGCUCAUGAACCCCGGCAAGAUUUUCCUUUCGGAGUAUUGAACUGCAUUGUAAAGAAUAUGUUAGCUUGAUUUAUUCUGUAUAUCGUGUUAGGUGGGUGGAUAAGAGUAUCGUAUUCGAAAAAAAUAUUGUGAUUAAGCUCGUUACCUGAAACCGCAUAGUACGUAGCAGUAGUGAGAUGAAGGUUUCGUUUGUUUGGGAUUUCUUUUUUCUUCCCGCCUUGCAAUAAUACUUGCAGUUGCCUACAGAAUUUGGGGAAGCUCCUUUAGCACCUAUGAUUAACGUGAACGUUAGAAGGAAUUAUGCUGUCGCGUUGUGUAUUACAAUAAAGACAUGACAAAACGAAAAA